GUAGACUGGAAGCUCGCUGGCUGGUGGUGCCGGUGUACUUUAGCGUUGUAAUCUAUCUGUGCUUUGUGUAGUUGAUCUUCUGCCGCUGAGAUAAAAUACAUGCAAUAGGGUGAACUUGCGAACGCACCAGCAUGGAUGUAGAUAAGAACAGCGUCGAGAUAACGAUACCGCUGAUGCAGACCGGUACCAACCUGCACUUUCAAAACCUCACUUACCAAGUCCGGCAAAGAAAGGAGCAGAAACAGCUGCUGAAGAACAUUUCGGGCACGUUUAGAACCGGGCGACUAACCGCCAUCUUGGGUCCAUCGGGUGCCGGCAAAUCGACGCUGUUGAACGUACUCAGUGGCUUCAAAACGCAGGGCGUUAGCGGGAAUAUAAUUGUCAAUAAUGAAAUCAUCGACCGUCAGCGGUAUCGCCAGUUGGUAGCGUACACCGCACAGGAUGUGACGCUGCUACCCAACAUUACGCUACGGGAAAACUUGCACUACGCGGCCGAUUUGAAGCUAGCGCAUGAGGUGUCCGUGGCGCACAAGGUCAAGAUCGUGAACGAUGUGAUAGCGCUGCUGGGGCUGCAAAAGUGCGCCCACAACCAAUCGCAGCUGCUGUCCGGUGGCGAGAAGAAGCGGCUUUCGAUCGGGUUGGAGCUCGUUUCGAAUCCGAAGAUUAUGUUCUUCGACGAACCGACCAGCGGGCUGGAUAGUGUGUCAUCGUACCAGGUGAUCUCGUACAUGAAGGAUCUCGCCCGCCAGGGACGCUGCGUGAUAAGCGUGGUACAUCAGCCGAGUUCGGAGCUGCUGGAGUUGUUUGAUGACAUCUAUGUGGUGGUGGAUGGACGCUGCAUGUAUCAGGGAUCGUUGGAUGAUUUGAUUGCGACGUUCGCUGAGGCAGGAUUUAACUGUCCGCCGUACUACAACCGAGCAGAUUUCGUGUUGAAAAUAGCUGCCCAAUACGACACAAAAUGCGGCGAGGUGGAAAAGCUGAUGGUAAAAUCGGAAAAGUCCAUUACUGCUGCCAUGAAUUUAGGUAAGCCGCCUAAAGGUAUACAGCCCGAGUUCGAAUCGAGCGAAUUUCUAGUUGAGGGACGCGGUCCUCAGUAUCCGAUUAGCUGGUGGAAUCAAUUUACCACACUUACCCGGCGCACUACAUUGGGCACGGUUCGCAACCCAUCGCUGAUGGGGUUACGAUUUUUUGGACACGUCUUGUUCGGGCUUACGAUCGGAUUCGUGUUCUACAACAUUGGAAACGAUGCGUCCAAGGUGCUCUCGAAUAUCUCCCUGCUGAUCGCGUUCCUAAUGUUUAUCAUAUUCGCCAAUGCCAUGACGGUUAUUUUGACAUUCCCAAUGGAAAUGGCCGUAUUCGUGCGGGAGCACAAAAGCAACUACUAUUCCAUCUCGGCGUACUAUUUCUCCAAGCUGGUGGCGGACUUCCCGUGGAUGCUGGCCGGCGUGACGGGCUUUCAGCUGAUCAUGUACUAUCUCAGUGGUCAACUGAAUGAAACGGAUCGUAUCAUUAUGUUCUGGGGCAUAUGCGCGUUGUUUGGGUGGCUUUCGCAGGUGUACGGUCUGAUCGCUGGUUGCUUAUUCCCGAUCGAGGUUAGUCCAUUCAUCGUACCGGCAUCGAUUAUUCCUGCACUGCUGUUUUCCGGGUUCUUCAUACGGUACAACGAGCUGUUCGACUUCUUCAAGCCACUCACGCUGGUGAGCUACUUCCGUUAUGGGUUCGAGGGUCUCGUACAGGCAACGUACGGUCACAAUCGGACGGAGUUGGGCUGUGAGGAGAUCUUCUGCUACUAUCGCAAGACUAGCAAAAUUCUGGAAGCACUACACAUGGAACCCAACCGCUACUGGACGGAUGUCCUGGGGUUGGGCAUUUGGAUUCUGUUCCUGCACAUCGUGUUAUAUCUCAGCCUGCGGUUACGGCUACGAUGGAACCGCUGAGCUCAACUCCAUCAUAUUUGCAAAGUAAAUCCCAACAGAAUCCCGCUUGGAUUCUGAAUGCACAUUCAGAAGCAGUUCAGCGCAAUGGUAGAGCUGAUAAUAAGCAACCAGCUCAACACGUUCCUCGCAUGACGGUGUAGCACGGAAUGUUUCAUCACAGUGGCGCUGCAACACACGAUCUUAUUUGCACAACUGCUCGGUGAUAUUUCAUCGCAAGGGUGGCGAACGGUAGAGUGUAGGUAUUAAAUGAAUAAUUUGUAUAAUAUUAUCCAUGUCAAUAGCCGCUCGGAAAGGGUGAGAAUGAGAAGGCGUACAUAGAACGCAGUUGGAAUAAUGUGUCAGCUAUUCCCGCUUUAAUUAAAAUCACGUCAUUUUUUUUCUACUAUACGAGCAACGUGUAAACAGUACUUAAGAUGGUGGUAGAUCGAUGAAGAAUAAAAGCUUUUUAUAAACAAUUCGUACCUCCUGGAUGAGGUAGGAGCUAAUAAAGCAUGAUUUAUCAUUAACCGUU